GUUCGAUAAUUCUCGCACAUCCGCCGCCGCCGCCCGACGUCCAUCCGCGAGUCCUCCAGUUGUUCAGGUGAUUCAUAGAUGUCUCAUCCAAAUAACAACCCCACCGUGCAGCAACAACCUGAAGAACCCUUGACGUACGCCAACUGGACAGAGUACUUCGAUGACGACAGUGGCAAGCCCUACUACCAUCACAGCGAAACGAAGGAGUGCGUAUGGGAAGCGCCCGAGGCGUUCCGUGUGGAAAAAGCGCGGGCCGACGUGAAGAAGCUCUUUGAUCCAUCGCAACAACAACAGCGCGUCGCUGAGAAGGAACAGCCCGACAGCACCAGCGUUGACGAUACCCUCCCCGAGGUAGAUACAACCACUCCUCCCGCGUCCACCUCCACGAAAUCCGAACCUACCGCUCCUACCCCUGAACGCAAGGAUGGCUCCUCUGAGACCGCCGCCGUUGCCCCCGUCCCUGUAGUGCCCGUUGAGAACCUCGAGGAAACGUACAAGAAGAUGACCCAAUCCGAAAAAGUCGCAACGUUCAAAGCACUGCUCAAGUCGUCCGGCGUGAUGCCCAAGAUGAAAUGGAACGAAGCGAUGAAGCUCGUGGUCAACGCUCCCGCAUGGAAGGUGCUGUCGAGCGUGGGCGAGAAGAAGCAAGCGUUUGCCGAGUUUACAACCCAACUCGCGAACGAACUGAACGUGGAGAAGCGCCGCAAACAAAAGACCGCGCGCGAGAACUUUCUCAAGCUCUUGGCCGGGAACGAUCGCGUCACAUCUCAGACCCGGUGGGGCGAUCUCCUGGACGAAUCCCUCGGGCUGGUCACGGACGAUCGAUGGAAGGAUGUUGAGGACGACACGGAGCGGCGCGACUUGUUCUCGACGUACAUCGCCGACCUGAGUCGCAACGAGCGCGAGUUCAAACGCCAGCAGCGCGACGCGCACCGCCGCACGUUCCUCGCGUACCUUCGCGACCCCGCCCAGCAUCCGGACGUACCCGUGACCAUUGCGACCAAGUUGCACGAGGUCCGGGACCAGUUGCUCGCCCACGAGUCGAUCCAGGCGCUGGAGUUGCAUCGCGCAGACGUCCAAGAAUGGUUCAACGAGUACAUGGACGAACUCCGACACGACGAAGAGCUCAAGAAGCGCGAGGAGCGGCUGCAGUUGCGCAAGCGGGAAGACGAGCUGGCCGCGGCGUUCAAGGCGUUUUUACUUCAAGAGGUGGCGGCAAAGCGGCUGACGACGGCAUCGAGAUGGCGCGAGUGCUGGGCCGGCUACGAGGCCAACGCGACGUACUGCGAGCUCAAGAAGCUGCACAGCGGAAUGCCGCGGGAUAUUUUCGAAGGUGUGAUGGAUCGGCUGCACGAUGCAUUGCGGGACGAACGGUCGUGGUUAAAGCACGUGGUGGCCCGCGCCGAGUUUGUGGUCAAGUACAAUUCAACCUUGUCGUUGUUUUUACAGCAUAUUCACGACACAGUGGCCAAGCUCGGACUCGAGGACGAGCCGGGCGCGGUGCCGACGCCGCGGCAAUCCUUCUUUGCGUCCCUUCUGGAUGAAGCCACGGUGCCGCCAUCGGUGGUCGAGUGGUUCCAGGGCGCACACGCCCGUGAACUGGAGCGCUACCAACGCAUGGAAAGUGAGCGCAUCAAGAAAGUAGAAGCGUUCGAAGAGAUGCUGAUGGAGUAUUACUUUCGAUCGGAUCAUUUGACCACGUCAUGGGACCAGGCGCGCGUGGAAGUACAGCAUCGGAGUGCAUAUCGGGCGCUGGACGACGGCGCCGAGGUAGCGUUCCAACAGUACAUGCAAAAGCUGCAGAAGAAGAUGGAAUCGCUGACCAAGUCGCGCAAAGCUGUGGACGCCACAGAACAACCGCCAGCGACCGACGAGGCGCGGCCGACCUCGCGGUCCACGUCGCGGUCAAACAAGAAGAAGAAGCGCGACGAUCGAUCGAGAUCCGAGGAGGAUCGCAAGCGGAGCAAAAAAAGCAGCUCGAAAAAAAGCUCGAAAAAAAAACACAAGCGCAGCCGCAGCCCCCCCUAACUACAUACAUAUGUACCGUUAACAAGGCAAUAUAUUGUCGAUUUGGGGGUGCAAUCGAAUCGCGCCGA